AGGAAAACCAAGCAGUUGAGGAAGUAUCACACAACUGGACACCACAAUAUUGAUAUGAUACACCUUCAUGCUAAAGUGCAGACACACUUCACUGUGGAUACAGUUUGCGGAAGGCAUUAAGACAUUUAUUGAUUCCUCUUUUGAGCUUUGCUUACAAGUCUCCAAAACUCUUCUCCAAAACAAUUUUCCUGGCAUCAAGAUGAACGUGAGUCAGGUGAACACUUCACUCAAGUGUGAUCGGGACACUAGCGUAACGUCCAUACUCUUCCCUUGUCUGUACACUGCUCUUUUCCUGGCUGCUUUUGUGUUGAACACUCUGGCUGCCUGGAUCUUCUUCCAAAUCCGCAGCAGCUCAACAUUCGUUGUGUACCUGAAGAACGUAGUCGUGGCUGAUCUAUUGAUGACCCUUACCGUGCCUGUAAAGGCAUUGACUGAUGCGGGGUUGGGUUCCUGGCAUCUCCGGGCUUUUCAUUGCCGAUACUCAGCUGUACUCUUCUAUACCACUAUGUACAUCAGCAUCCUUCUUCUCGGAUUCAUUAGCUUGGACCGAUACCUAAAGAUUGUGCAUCCAUUCGGGAAAUGUGCUUUUCAGAGGGUCGGGGUGGGUCGGAUCCUGUGUGCAGUUAUCUGGGUGGUUAUGCUGUCUUUGGCUCUGCCCAAUGUCAUCCUGAGUAACCAAAUGCCACAGAUCUCCGCUGGUGGAAGGCUGCGAUGCACCAGGAUGAAGGGGGUGAUGGGACUCAUGUGGCAUGAAGGUUUUAACUACUUCUGCCAGAUUGUUUUUUGGGGUACGUUGGCGCUCAUGGUUGUCUGCUAUACCUUCAUCAGCAGGAAAGUGUUUGAAUCGUACCGUGCAUCACAAAGCAGCAGUGACGCAGCCAGUAAACAGACCACAUCUAAGGUGUUUGUGGUAGUGGGUGUUUUCUUUGUAUGCUUUGCACCCUUCCACCUGGCCCGAAUCCCUUACACCCUCAGUCAGACCCGGAAUACUUCUGCCCAGUGCUGGGCCCAAAACCAGCUGUACUUUGCCAAAGAGAUCACACUCUGGAUAUCAUCUACUAACGUGUGCCUGGACCCUCUCAUCUAUGUUUUUCUGUGUCGAGUCUUCCGCAAGAAGCUCACUGCCACACUGAGCCGCCGUCCGCUCCCACAUGGGUCUCUGACAGAGACCUCCACCAGAAUGGAGAUGCCAAUCAGAGGCCAGAGGCCAUUGUGACACAAAUACGGAUUUAGGUUG